AUGGAUGGUUUGAUUCCGUUGGCGUUUAAGGCUAUGAAGAAAAACCGAACUCGCCGGCGUUAUGAAUGUCUCUCUUCCUCCGGCGGCACUACGAAAGAAUCUUACGACGACUCCGAUUUCUUCCCCUUCUCCGCAAAAUCAGAUAACUCAAUUGUCUCUCGACCGUCUUCGACCUUUGAUCAUGUAGAGCUGAAAAACCGUCACCGCCGUGGAUGGUCGGUUGGAGAUUUCUCUUCGAUGUCUUCUCGGGAAGGAAGACGAUCCGGUGGCGAAGGCGGAGAUAUUGGUUUUUCUCCGUCGCGGCGAGGACAGCUUAUGAGGAACAGAAGCCAUAGUUUGUUCUCUUGUGUCUCAGGUGAAUGA